UUGUUUAUUAGGAUAACCGGGAUUGCGGUGAAAUCAGGAAUUUUGAAACCGGCGGGGCGAGGUUGGGCGGUGGCGCGGCGCGGGGAGGGGUGGCGGGCGGGCCGGCUCGCCCGCCUGCCGCUGCUGCUGGCUCUACUGCUGCCCGCCGCACGAGCUGACGUCAUCUUUAGGGUACCUGAAGUGCUGGUGCGUCACGCAGCGGCGGCGCGGCCAGUGGGCACGGGUCGGCUGAACGGCACCGUCAGCGACUCUGGGCAGUGGGGGAGUGCGGGGGCGGCGGUGGAGGGCUCGAGGCCAGGCGAGGAGGCGGGGCUGGUGGAGGUGCGCUACGAGGAGUACUUCGUGGAGCACGACGUCUCCACAGCUGACGCGCGAGCCGCUGCACGCAAGCUAAACCUCGAUGACAUACCCAGCACGCAGAUAGGCUGCGGCAGCUGUAGUCGCCGCGAGAUGGAGUACUGCGAGACGCGCGUGCUGGCGGACCACUGCUGCUGCGAGCGGCGUUUCCUGCGCGAGCCGUUCCCCUGGCUGCCGCACACCUGCUAUCUAGGGCCCAGCCGCUGCCGCCCACUCGCUCAUGACUGCGUGCAGUACGUGCGCCUGCGAGACUGCUGCUGCUACAAGCAGCUGGCGCAGCGCUGGAAAGGCAUCCUGUCACGGUCGAGCCGCGCGGGUGUGAGCGGCGCGUCGCUGCUGCUGCUGUCGCUGCUGCUGCUGGCGCUGCGCCUGUGA